UAAUGUCAGUGUAAUUGUUAGGUUAGGAUAUUCGCUUCAUUUUGUCAUUUUUUGUUCACAUAUAUAUAUAUUUAGUAUGCAGAAGUUAGAUUAUAGGAAAGAAGUUAUUUUAAGCAGAAACAAGGCACAGUAUACUAUAACUAACUAUUAUAUGGGAUAUUUUGAGUUAUUAUUAUUAUUAUUACAUAUUUACGUUGUUUAAACAAACAAAAAUCAACCUUGUUGAACGCAUUGAACACAUUGAAUUUGUGGAAUAAUAAUACUAACUCUCUGAUUACUAUCUAUCAUGCAACUUAAUGGAUUCUCUAAUAUAUCGUCCACAUUAAUAAGAAUGAAUGAACAGCAUAACUUUCAUAAUAUUCAUAAUGACAGUAAUAAUAACAAUAAUAAUAUACAUAAUAAUAAUAAUAUGAAUAACAAUAAUGGUAAUAACAGUAUCACUAUGCAUAACACGAUAACUGAGAUGUCAAUUCCCCCCAUUAUCACACCAAUGACACCAUCAUUAACAUCAAUCCCUAGCAUGCUAUUAUCACCUCAUAAACUUUACGCCUUAUCGUCAUCAUCGUCAGAGGCAUUAAACUAUUGGAAUGUUAAAGAUACUACAACAAGGCUGACAAGUCUGAAACAACAUUUUACGCCUGAUAAUAACCAACGCCGAAUCAAUGAUGAUGGGGAUAAUAAUGAAAAUGAUGACGGUCAUCGUGGAAGUGGCCGCGGUGACGGUGAUGAUAAUGAUGAUGGUGAUAGUAGUAGCAGUAUUAUAAUCGAUGAAGAUGAGGAUCUCGAUGGUAAUAACGGUAGUAAUAAUAAUAACAAUAAUAAUGGACUAAAUGUGGAAGAACAUGCGAACGUAGAAGAUGGAGAGAUUAAGCAUGGUCUACGUAUCAAUCAAUCUAUGAAGACAAAUAAUCCUGAUUCUAAUACAGUUAAUAAUAAUAAUAAUAAUAAUAGUAGCAAUAGUAAUAGUGUUCAUACUACUAUGAAUUUCUUAAAUCCCCCGAAAUUAACCGGCCAACUUCCAUCAAGAUAUACCAGUCGACGUAAAAUUUCACGUACUGAAAUGAUGGUUGAAGAACAUUUUCAGCAGAAGAAAUCUGCUCACAGUCCACCAACUCAUAAUCAUCAUCACCAUCAAGAGAUUAAAAGGAUAACUCCGUAUCCAUCGUCGAAUCGUAUACUAUUGGAUAUACCAUGUCAUGUUUGUGAAGAUCAUUCAUCAGGAAAACAUUAUGGUAUCUAUGCUUGUGAUGGUUGUGCAGGAUUUUUUAAAAGAUCAAUUCGACGUAAUCGUCAGUAUACGUGUAAAAGUCGUGGUACUACAAAACCUGGUAUGGUUAUCUGUAGAGUUGAUAAAUCACAUCGUAAUCAAUGCAGAGCAUGUCGGCUAACUAAAUGCCUUGAAGUUGGAAUGAAUAAAGAUGCUGUUCAACAUGAAAGAGGGCCAAGAAAUUCUACGCUACGUCGACAAGUAGCACUAUAUUUAAAUGAUGGGCAUCAUAAGACACAAACAAAUCGUCAAUCAAAUCAUCAUUAUCAUCAACACCAACUAUCUCAACUGUCCUCCUUCUUACCAUCACGAGUUCCACCGCCUGGAACAUCACCGCUAUCCGCAUCGCUACCGUCACCGUCAAUAUUGUCUUCAUUAUCUAUGCCAUCUUUAUUAUCAUCCGCAUCAAUGUCAGCACAAUCAUUCAAUACCAAUCCGUUGGUAGGCGUUAAUCUAUCCGCCUCAGUGAAUUUGAACAACACUGGUAAUGGCAAUAUACAAGCUAAUAAAAUUCUCUCAGACAACCAGAUGUCGACUACAAUGAUGAAUGAUAUUUUAAAUUUAACCAAAUCCCCGUAUACGUUUUUCAAUUCAACCUUGUCUCCAUCCUCAUCAGCAUCGUCAGCAUCAACAUCGACAUUGUCACCAUUCUCUACAAUUACAACAAAUAAUAUUAACAGUACUGACAAUAUACUAUCUAAUUCAGCAACAAUGUUUACACCAACCGCUUAUUCAACAGCAUCGGUGAAUAUAAACAACAAUCCAUUCAGUUAUUAUUUAAAUUAUUUGCCUUCAAUGUUCAAUUUUUCGAAUUCUUUCGAUUUAUCCGCAAAUAAUGAAACAUUGAAUUUAGUGAAAAAGACCACUUCAUCAAGUGAUGAUACUACAUUGAAUAAUACCAGUAAUACUACUAUCACUCCUCUUAAUAUUUCUACUACUGAAAAGAAUAUUAGUAGUAAUAGUAGUAUGAUUGAUAUGAGCAGCUUUCAUAAAGAAAAACAGCCUAGAUAUGAAUCAGACGAAUGCGAAAAGUAUAAUCGACAAGAACUGCUGUUGAAUCAAAGCCUAAUGAACAAAUUUCAAUUGUAUCCGACAGAUUUAAUACAGCCAAUGACAACGGAUGUCACUAGGAUUGGUAACAAUACCGCCCCCAACACCACCACCACCACCAACAACAACAACAACGGUAUGACGUCAUCAUCAGUACAGACAACUAAAUCACCACUUUCACCAUGUGCAAAUAUUAACAUGAAUGAUGCAGAGAUUCAUAGUGCUUGGAGUAAAGCAUUAGCCUUUGCCAAGUUGUGUAUGCCAGAUUUAUUUAUUGGAAAUGUAGAUGGAGUAACACAAGACUCCAGGGAUUUUCAUCAGUCCACUGACUAUGCUCACUCAUUGUUAUAUUUUAAUUCAUUAUUGAAAUCAUGGCCAUGGAUAAUGCCAACAGUUAAUAGUGCAUCGAUAAAUUACUUACAGUCAUGCUAUAUGAGUAAUAUCGAUAAUAGUAAAAGUAAUAAUAAUGAUAAAAAUACUAAUUGUAGUACUAAUACUGAUGCUGCUAACAUUUAUUCUACUCAUCAGGAGGUUCGCUUUGCAGGUAGUAAAAUUGCAAGUCCAUUAAUGCUUCCCAUGCUAUCAUCAAUGUCAUGUCAAACAUCUUCAUUAUCUCCAGAAACACUUAAUCCUUAUUCAUCAUUAUUAAAUUUACCUCAGGUAACUAUGACAACGCCUACAAAUGAUGAAUUAAAACAAAAUUUAAAGAAAUAUUCGAAUUCACUUAUUUCAAAUGAAGUAGAAUUAAAUCAAAGGAAAGGUGAUUUAUUCAAUCAAAAAGAUACAAAAAAAUGUCAGUUAACUGUAGCAUCGAAGGAAUUGCAGUCACAAUCACCAUCAUCAAUAUUGUCAGGAAGUCAGUCAGGGAAAAAUACACCAAUCUCCACAGAGGCAGGAUUAUUGAUCAAUAAUAAUAAUAAUAAUAAUAAUAAUAAUAAUAAUAAUAAUAGAAAUCCAUCGUCUAUGAAUCAGAUCUAUGAUCCAAUAUAUGAAUAUAAUAAACCAGGUGAUUUACUCUUGCAGUCACAUUUUUUCACUCCUUCGUCAGCAACAUCACUGUCUUCGAAUUCUUCUUCAUCGUUCUCCUCUUCAACAGUCUCCUCACCCUCAUCAUCAUCGUCAUCAUCGACAUCAGCGUCAACAUUGUCCUCAGCUCUAACAUCAUCAUCAUCAUCAUCAACAACAUCUUUGCCGUUAUACAUGAGACAAUUUUAUUUAAGCCAGAUGAUGUUUCAAAUUAUCCAAUGGUUAUGUCAGUAUAGACCAGAUAAUAAAAUUCUGGAGAAUUUCAAUUUUCCCAUUAGUAAAUUCGACAUGAUUCAUUCAAUGUGUAAACAAUGGGAUUUAUUAUUUAGUUUAACAUUAUUUAUAGAAUUUUAUAAAAUGUCAUUAGAUAAUAAUAAUAAUAAUAAUGGUGAGAUGAACGAUGCGCAUGAUAAUGGUGAUGAUAGUAGUAAUAAUAAUAAGGAUGAGUAUCGUUCGGUUAUGUUGAAAAAAAUGCACUACCUAUGGAUUGAAUUCGUUUGUAAACCAUUGGCGAGUUUAUUAACUCCGACUAUAAAAAGUCAAGAUACAGAUCCAAUAACUACUCUCACUGAGUCCAAUUUAAUUAUUCAAUUAUUCAAUGAAUUUAUUGUUUUAAAAUUAAAAGAUGAUGAAAUUGAUUGGUUAAAAAUGAUGAUAUUAUUUAAUCCAUUAAUGAAGAGCAAGAAGGAGACGAAGACUACGGAUAUUAACUCAGAUAUACACAGUAAAACUUUUCAACAAGCAAAAGAUUAUGCUAUUCGAUAUUAUCAAACUGUUUUAAAAGGUUGUCCAACACGUCAAGGUCAAUUGAUGCAUUUACUUCAAACACUUCAUUCAUGUAUUGAUUUACCACUGAAUUCACCAUCACCAUGGUUACGACAUUAUAUGGAGUGUAUAUUUCAACUGAGUUCAGAUAAACUUGAACCAGUUAUUAAGCAUAUGGUUAUAGCAGCUUUAGAAACAUCUGAAGGGAUUACAAUAUCAUGCUGAAACGUCAAUAACUGGUCAUCCUAUCUUCAUAAUAUCUACCUGCUAUGAAGAAGAGUUAGUCGUUAGUAACAAUUGUGUUAAUUACUGGCUUACAAAUGUUUAAAUGAAUCACAGAUUUCCAGAUAUCCUUUACUGACUUUUCUGCAUAUUCAUGAACGACCAGAAAGGUGAAUGAAAAAGAAACACACAGACACACAGGUACACACACAAUGUUUCCCCCUUCGUUUUUCUUUCAAUUUAUUUCUAUUUUUGCUUUUUUGUUUUUGUUUUUGUAGUAUUUUAUUUCAAUUGAUUACCAGAAAAUUCUUUUCCUGAAGUCCAUUUCUUUCUUUCCCUCUCUCUCUCUGGGUUUUUCGCCGUUGUUGUUGUCGGCGGCGGCGGCCGCGUUUAAUGAAAGUUUACCAAAGAUGAUAUUAACGAAUAGUAGAUAAAUCCAUGACAAAUGUCAAGAGAUAAAUUUCAUAUACACAUAAACACACAUAUAUAUAUAUUAUUUUCGAAUUUAUUAGUUAUAUUACUAAUAAAAGUACUUUAGUAGUAGCAGUAGUCGUCGUUGUUGUAGUACUUGCUACUCAUAUAAUACACAAGGAGAAAAAAAAUACAACAGAUGUGAGUAGAGCUUAGGAGUUCAAAUGUUUUCUUGAAAUAUGAAAUAGUAUGACACCAUUUCUUGAUGAAUGAAUGGUUCAGCGUUUACUACUUAACCCUUUCCCUUUUUUAGAAGGCUUUAUAUAGAUAAUGUUUUAACGCACAAAUAUAUACGCACUGAAGAAUGCUCAAAAAGCACACACACAAAUGCACGCACGCACGAACGAACCCCCCCCCUACACACACGCACCUCCACACAUCACUAAUAAUAACUAAUGCGUCCUUUCUCCUAUUUUCUAGUAUUACCUUUACAUACA